AAACAAUGAGACAUACUUGAGUUGAAUCAAUUUUACUGAAAAACUAUCAGUAUUGCUUUGUUGCAGAAACUUAUGAAACUUGCUAAAAUAGUGUUCAAAAUUUAUGAUAGCAAAAUAUUAAAACAUUUAAUCGCUUUGGAACAUUUGUUUAUAUAUUUUGGAAAUUUGCGCUCUAGUUAAAUAAAGUGAAAAAACUUAAAAAAAUGUACAAAAACACACGUUCAUAUCGCUGGGAUGAGAAUAAAUCGUUUCAUCGACGCGAUGAUACAUCAUCCCGCCAACUCGAUGAAAAAUUGAUUAAAAAAAAUUGGUUAUUUAAGAAUAAAAAAGAGUUGAUUACAAACUUCGAAAGAAAUGAUAUAACAUUGGAUUCAAAUGGUUUCGUGGAUAACUUUGUAUCUAUUGGAUCGUAUAACUGGGCUCGACAGAGCACACCGGAUAAACCAGUAAUUAUAGUACCUGGUAUACCCAAUUAUAUUAAAGAAAAUCUAGUUUGUCAAAAGCUUAAAAAGAGCGAUGUUCAACGUGUAUGCGAUGAAAAUCAAUAUUAUAUGAGUAAGCAUCCAAUGGAACCUAUGUUUCAAGCUGUUUUACUGUGUACUCCUGAAUACGAUUUUAGCUCGGUUGAUUUGAUAACUGAUCGUAUCAACUUGCGUAAAUUAUUCGAGUUUGUUGAAGGUAAUUCAAAAGAUUCAUUUCGAAUUGACAUUCAAAUGAAUGAAAAUGAUACGUUGAUACUUAUUCGCAACGAUGAGAACGUCAUUUUGCCGUGCCGAGACUAUAGUAUUGAUUUUAAAACCAAAUUUACAGAAAAUGGGUCACCUGAAGCCGGAAGUUGUUGGAAUAUUGUCACUUAUAUGUUAGGUAGUAUACGUGUAAUGUGUCAAGCUCAAGUAGAUUGCGUUGAAAAAAAUAGUUGUUCAGUUCACGCAGAGUUACUGCCAAAAAAAAAAGAACCGAUUGCAUUUGAUGAAAGUUCUAAAUUAAUGCUGAUUGAAGGUGGAGAUUUUGACAAUCAAAAGUAUGAAAAAUUUAUUGAAUUAACAACAAAAGGUAUCUAUAUGAAUAAUUACGAAUUUCCUACGAAUAAAUGGAGUCAUUUAUUGUUUUUCAACAUAAAUAUUAUGGUUUUUGGUUGGCAUGAGAGGGGGGUUUUAAAAAAAAUUGAAAAGAUUUCAUUUGAAGAAGUGUCUGAAAGGUGUAAUCGUAAAGAAGAGGAGUAUCAACAAUCAUUAGGGAAAUUGUGUUCUUUGAUUAAGAUGAUAAAAGAAAAAAUAAAAAGCUGUGCGGAACACAAAAGUGGUUUUGCUGUUGUCUUUGAUGGCAAUAACGAUAAAAAGUCACUGGAAUUAUUUACGGUUUGCAAGAAUUUUGAUGUUCUUACCCCUGCUUUGAAGAUGAAGGUUUUCAAAUAAGCCUUACUUUUACAAAAAAUUAUUUGAUUUUUGUGUUAUACAUUAUUUUUCAUUAUGACAUUUUUUAGCAUAAGUUUAACUUCAUUAAACAGCGUUUUAGCUUUUAUAAUAUACAACAUCCCUGCGUAAUAAAUUCAGAAUCAUGUUUACUUUAUAUUCAAAAAUGUUGCUAAUAUUAAAUCAUAUUGAACUGCGUUUAAAUUAGCCGAAUUGAUUUAAAUAUACGUUUUGUAAUUUAAUACAACUGGUCUUAAUAAUAACAUUAACACAUUUUUUUAACUGAUUUUGACCUCUUUUUGGAAAGAUCACUUUCACUUGUAUACUUGACUGAUAUAAACUUUUUCAGAAACUUUUUUUUUCAUUUCUAAAAUUACUUUAACUACCAAAGCAAACUGUCUACCACUACCUCACUACCGCUUUACUACGUUUACUGUUAUUACCACUAUUAUUACCCUAUUUCUACAAAAUUAAAUGGUUUAGAUACUUUAUGUUGAAUAAAAUUGGAACUAGUAAAUCAAAUUGUGAAAAUUAUUUUUCGUUAUAACAUUUUGUGGUUUUUAUAUUAUUAACUGUAACCUUGUAUUUUAAAAGAUGAUAAAAUAGUUAACACGUUUCUUGAAACGUUUGAGUUUGAAA